AUGUCGCUCUCUGUGCUGCUGCUGCUGCUGAUGGUCUGCAGCACACAGGCUUCUGAUUUCUUCAGUCAGCAACAGGCUUCUUUUUUUGGCACAUUCACCUACUACACAAAAGAGCCUAAAGUAAAUGGAUCUGACUUGCUGAGGUGGCGCUAUACAAGGAACAGCCGUAACUGCGAUGGCAGUUACUCAUCUGUUUGCCCAGACAGCAGCUGUGGUUAUGUGCUCUCUGAGCUGAACAAGGUCGACAGUGAAAGCAGUGGAGAGUGGUGCCAGAUGGAGUAUAUCUAUAUUUUUCCGAUUCUAAGCGAUGAUAUGCAUCAAUAUUGGUUGGGUGGUGACUGGAUAAACGGCCUCAGAAACACCAUCAGAUCAUGGAACACUGAAGUACUGCUGGAACUGAGGAAACGCUCCGACACCGGCAAUGAAAACUCAUCACCUCAGACCACCAUCAUCCCAGUUGUGAGAGUUCCUUCAAACUGUCAGAGAGAUUUCAGCCUGUUGAUGUUUGACCCUGAUGGAGAUGACGUUAAAUGCAGAUUUGGAAACACAUCAUCAGAGUGUGACCCCUGCAAUCCACCAUCUGUCCUCAGCCUCUCACCAUCUUGUACUCUGUCAUUCAGCCCCACCAACAGCAGUAAUGAAGGUCCGUAUGCAGUACAAAUACUGAUGGAGGACUUUCCCAGACAGACCAUCACCCUGAAUAAAACCACACAAACAAUAAAAACUACCAAUGAUGCUAUCAGCAAAGCACCGCUCCAGUUUGUUCUGCUAGUGGAUCCUGCUGUGCCGUCCUGCACAGGAGGAGACUUUCUGCCUCGGUUUCUGCCUCCAACCCCAGACCACAGAGCUCAGCUCUACACUAAUGUCAGUCAGACCCUGCAAAUCAGCAUCAGUGCAGAAGCAAAAAACUCCACGAUGUCUGAGCUGCUGUUCAGUGGGCCGUACAAUGUGAUCAGGAAUAAAACAGGACCAGGAGAGUUCACCCUGACAUGGACGCCAUUACAGAAACAGGCUGGACAAAAUCACCCCAUCUGUUUUGUCAUUCAGGCACUUUCCAAUGGAACCAAGUAUCACUCAGAGCUUCGAUGCCUCCUUGUGGGUGUUGGGAUCAAAACUACACCAGCCGCAACAACACCUACAACCAGUUUGCCAACUACUACACCUAAAACAACUCAUUCUCCACCAGCCAACACACCAGCUUAUGUUGCAGGUCUGAGUAUGAAGCUUUCUUCUUUGGUGGACUUGUCUCACAUUGAUAGGGACGCCCUCCUAAAUCAGAUUAAAGAAGCACUGGUGAAACAGGGGCUGCCAGCAGACAUCACUCUACAGCUGAGAAGCAGUGAGCCACAGAUUGGUGCAACUGCAGCGCCCUCUACUGACACAACAUAAACAACAACUCAGUGACUCACUUGUCUGCAGUCAGAAAAUAGAGAUGUUGUGUGUAUUAGAGCUCAGAGGCUUGAUUAAAUACUUCUGAUGUGAUUUCUCAGCAUGAGCAAGCUUUGGAUUUGAAAAUUCAUUGAUGACCACAGAUAUUUGAUGUUAAAUCACCCGUCAUUUACUCAGUACUGAGCAGAACCUUUUUAUUUACUGCUUAGUGGUGUUGUGGCUAUUAGUGGGUCUGUGUAAUUGUUUCAUGGUGGGUUUUAAAGCAGAAAAUGUUGUUGAUGUUAAACAUGUUUGGAACAUAGCCUGUAUAUGAAAGAUGGCUGUAGCUAUGAUGGUUAGUGAGGUCCUGUUAUGAAGCCUCAAGCUGAGUGUUUUCACCAUCACCAUCUUGGUGUCUGUGAAGGUGAAGUCACCCACUGAGGGUAUCCUGGAUAAUCCUCCUUUCUGACUCUAAUAAUGACCAUCAUUUACAAACUGAGCUCCAUGUUUUAUUCUGUGACCAAAAACUAGCAGCCGAGUCAGUGAGGGCUGCUCUCCUAUAGACAUUUAUGCAUCUGCAAGACUUGUUGCCCCCUGCUGGCCAUUAGAAAGAAUACAGGUUUGAGGCACCAAUGCACUGGGUUCACUUUUCAGUUCCAGACGCUGCUUCCAUCUUUGAUACUGUUUAUGUCAGCAGAUCAAUCUCUUCUUGUAUCUUUUGAUUCUUUUGAAAAAAUAAAUGUGGGCUGGAUCUUAAAUGCCACAAACACAGAAGUGGCUCAGCAGCAGAAGCAAACUGGUGGAAACAGUUUAACUGGGAUUGUACUGACACCAUGUAGUGGGUCAGUUUAUACAGUUAGAGUUGCACACAAUAUUUGCAGUGCGAUGUUGUAAAUAGGACAUUAAUAUUGGCUAAAUGUACUUCCAGUUAAUGUGUUUCUGUG